AUGCUCUCAGAAACCUGGCAGGAAGGCUGGGCUGUGCAGAGUAAUCUUUCAGGUCAGGCCAGUUUCUUCCCUGCCUGGCUCUGGAGGUUGCCACACACAGCUAGCAGGGAGGGUGCCAGGCAGGUAAGACAGGAAGGCAGAGGGCCAUGGACCUUGAAAGGUUGCAGUGAUCCAACAGGGCUGCUGGUGGGAAGAGGCCAUGGAACAGCCCCCACACCUGGGAUUGGCCCACCCCAGUCUGCUGGCAGGAGAGGCCUACUGCAGAUCCCAUCGGCCAAGGAAUUUCAGCUGCUGGGAUCCAGAUUUUCUACCAUGGCUCCUGCCCUUUGGAACAUCUUGCCACAAGAAGAAAGUCCACUGCCUUAUCAGGAGGUCCUGAGCCCUGUCCUCUAUGCCUUCACACCUGCUGUCUCUCAAGUAGCCCCAUCAGGUGAGACCAUUCAAGGUGCCACCCUCAGACCGUAUGCUACAGAAACCAGACCAAGCUCUCCGCCCUGCAUAGCUGGUGCAAGUCCAAGUGCUUCCUCCAGCCCUGCUGCCAAGGUAUUCUGGGGAAUGGGCCCGAAGAGGGUGGCCCUCAUCGUCUGCCUUCUUGUCCUCAUUGUGCUGCUGAUUGCCCUCAUCCUGCUCUUUUUGUUCUGGCGGUCCAGCACAGGCAUUGUGUACAAGCAGCCAGCGGAGAGCUGCAGUGACCAUGCUGUGCGGUGUGAUGGGGUUCCUGACUGUUCUCAGAGGACCGAUGAACUGGACUGUGUGCGCUUUGGGUGGAACCAGUCCUUGCUCCAUGUCUACUCAGGAGCAGAGAGGGAGUGGCUGCCUGUCUGCAGCCAAGCCUGGACUGAGGCCUUCUCCCGAAAGACCUGUCAGCAGCUUGGAUUCCUUAAUGCUUCCGACACAGAAUAUGUCCCUCUGGCCUUUUCUGGGAAAAGUCUCAUGGUUGGCGAGAUGCGAAAAACCAUUCAGCAGAGUCUCAACAGCUCCCAGUGCCGUUCUGGAAAGCAUGUUUCUCUCCGAUGCACAAACUGUGGGCAACGGAUAUCUGGCCGCAUUGUAGGAGGCACUGAAGCAUCUGCCAGUAAAUGGCCUUGGCAAGUGAGCCUCCAGUAUGGCUCUGCUCACAUCUGUGGUGGCACUAUCAUUGAUGCACAGUGGGUGCUGACCGCAGCCCACUGCUUCUUCAUAAAUAGCGUGAAAAUACUGGAUGAAUGGAAGGUAUAUGCUGGUACCUCUGAUCUCAAGCAGACGAAGGAGGGGAUCCUGGUCUCUGAGGUCAUCAUUAAUGCUAAUUACAGUGAUGAUCACGAUGACUAUGACAUUGCCCUGAUGAAGCUCUCCCAGCCCUUGGUCCUCUCAGCUCAGGUUCGCCCAGCUUGCCUUCCCAUGUCAGGCCAAAGGUUUCUUCCUGGGAGGGCCUGCUUCAUCACAGGCUUUGGCAAAAUCAGUGAAAAUGAAGAGAAUACAUCACCCAAGCUGCGGGAAGCAGAAGUGGAGAUCAUUGACUAUCGGCUCUGCAACAGCCGUAAGGUCUACGAGGGAUUCUUGACUCCCCGGAUGAUGUGUGCUGGGUUUUUGCAAGGAGGCAAAGACUCUUGCCAGGGUGACAGCGGUGGCCCCUUGGUUUGUCAGGACAAUAAUCGAUGGUACUUGGCUGGGGUCACCAGCUGGGGAACUGGCUGUGGCCAGCGAAACAAGCCAGGCGUCUAUUCCCAAGUGAUCAAGUUUCUUGGUUGGAUUUACAGCCAAAUGGAGAAUCAGACCUCCUAGAAGAAGACGACAACCGCACCCCUUUCUGGGGAAGCGGAACAAGAUUGUGAAGGUGGGGCGACUGCACCUUCUUGCCCUUGGGUUGCAAGGACACCGGUGGGGCAAGGGACACCUGGGCUCCUCCCAAUGUUCUCUGAGUCCCCCAGGCUGCUCUUGGAACCAGUUGGGGACUCUGGUUUGAAGGAUGCAGCUGGUGCUGAGGCUGGAGCCAACUGCUUAGCGAGACACGCUGGGGUAGGAUGGGAUGAUCUUGCUCUGUGGGAGUGUCCUUCUGAGAUCUGAUCACACGUGGGCACCAGAAAGCGCAGACUACAGAGCCCUCAGCAGACAGAACAGGGUCAGCUGCAACCCUUCCUAGGGCAGGAUCUGUCUGGCAGCACUACGGGCCCUUGGAAACUGGACUCGCUAGAACAGCCCUCUGCUGCCUCACUUCAGGGCUCCAGUACUUUUGCCUUGGCGGCCACUGUGACCCCUCCCCUGGAGAAGAGGAGGAACUGCACAAGGAACAAGCAGAUGUAAACCCCCCCCCAUGUUGACUUUUCACUCCCCAAGCACGCAUCUCCUUUCCUCUCUCAAGUCUUUUCCUGAAAAGGAACACCUUGUUUGCUGAAAACAGAA